CUCAAAAUGUCCCUACUCGUUGUGCUGACAGCGCUGGUGUGUGCGGCGGCGGCUCAGCAACAGGUGGAGUCAGCGGCCGGCGAGUGCAAAUUUCGUCAGUUCCGGUGCGGGGACGGCCAGUGCAUUACAGCACUACACAGGUGCGAUGGCUUCAAGGACUGCAGAGACGGCUCCGACGAGGUGAGCUGCGACGCGCUGCCAGAGGUGCACCUGCCCGCCGACAACGCCACGGUCGGAGCCCGCGUCCGAUACGCCGAGGAGCACCUGGCGAUCGAGCUGCACCUGUGCGGCCGCCAGUACUGCAGCGAGUUGUCGCUGAGAGGGACGGGGCGCUACGGGAAGCUGAGAUACCUGACGGCGACGAGGUGCAACCUCUUCGGCAGGGGCUGCGGCAACAGCUCUUCGAAUUUCAAUUUGUCGGAUGACGAGUUUCCUCCCGGCGAAAUAGAGCUGGAGCUGCAGCACCGAUCCAGCGAGUUAGCGGUGUGGCGGAAAGGGCAGCCGCUCGACGUCGCAGUGGUGCCGGUGGCGUCGGACUACCGCACGCUAAGGGUGAGGCCCAGCUACUGGACCGACGACAUGCCCGUGGAGUUCAUUGGUGCCCCGACCACAGAGCAACCCAGCACGACUCAGGCAACUUCUCCUGGAAGCACGGUUCGACCUUCUUCCUCGACGCCAGCAGGAACAGCCUGCACCCUCCUUCUUUGGUCUUGCCUGCUAAUGCUGCGUCCAUUGUUAAUCUGAUGAAACUCAUGGCAAUACUCUUGUAAAAUGGGAAAUAUAUGGGAAAUGGCAAUAUA